GGGGGAGGGAGCCGGCGGCCGCCGCGAUGUGAGCGGAGCCGAGGCGGAAGGCGCUGCCCGCAUGGCCGCGGGUGGCGGCGGCAGGAAGGUGCCGGUGAGCAGCGCCGAGCACGGCGGCGUGAGGAGGGAUGGCGGCGGGGACCCGCACUGGUCCAGACCCGAGGCCCGUGUCUGGACGGUGAUGUUGCUGCUGGGGACGUGCCUGCUGUACUGCGCCCGUGUCACCGUGCCCAUCUGCGCCGUCGCCCUGAGCACCUACUUCGACUGGGACAAGAAGCAGUCCGGGAUAGUGCUCAGCAGCUUCUUCUGGGGCUACUGCUUGACACAGAUUAUCGGGGGACACAUCAGUGACCAAAUAGGAGGUGAGAAAGUCCUCCUCCUGUCGGCAUCGGCCUGGGGGUUCCUCACGGUGCUCACCCCGCUGCUCACCCACAUCACUUCUGCACAUCUCGCUUUCAUGGCCUCCUCCAGGUUCCUCAUGGGGUUGCUGCAAGGGGUGUAUUUCCCAUCUCUGGCCAGCCUGCUAUCCCAGAAGGUCCGUGAGAGCGAGCGAGCCUUCACCUACAGCACAGUGGGGACCGGCUCGCAGUUUGGGACACUGGUGAUUGGUGGUGCUGGAUCUCUCCUCCUGGAUUGGUAUGGAUGGGAAAGCGUUUUCUACUUCUCUGGUUUGCUCACUUUGCUCUGGGUUUACUGCACCUGCAAGUACCUCCUGAGUGAGAAAGAGCUCAUCAUCCCCAUAGACUGUUUAAUGAGAGGCCUCUCCAUAUCCAAGCAGACCAAAGUUCCUUGGAAGCAGCUGUUCAGGAAGGCACCGAUAUGGGCUGUCAUCAUCGCUCAGCUCUCCACGGCCAGCACGUUUUUCACUCUCCUCUCCUGGCUGCCAACUUUCUUUAAGGAAACUUUCCCCGAGUCAAAAGAUUGGGUGUUUAAUGUAGUCCCCUGGCUGGUUGCGAUUCCAACAAGCUUGUUCAGUGGAUUUCUGUCUGAUCAUUUAAUCAGCCAAGGCUACAAAACCAUCACCAUUCGUAAGUUCAUGCAGGUCAUUGGCUCCGGUGUCUCGAGCAUUUUUGCUUUGUGCCUGGGCCAGACCUCCAGCUUCUGCAAAGCAAUAGUGUUUGCCUCCGCCUCUGUUGGCCUCCAGACCUUUAACCACAGUGGCAUUUCAGUGAACGUGCAGGAUCUGGCCCCCUCGUGUGCUGGCUUGUUGUUCGGUGUUGGGAAUACAGGUGGAGCCCUCCUAGGUGUCAUUUGCGUGUACCUGGCUGGUUACCUGAUUGAAACGACCGGCUCCUGGAUCUCUGUUUUCAACCUGGUGGCUGCUGUUAACAGCAUUGGCCUCUGUGCAUUCCUCCUGUUCGGGGAGGCCCAGAGGGUGGACACAGACUCUGCAUAUAUGGACCUCUAGAGAUGAGUCCAGCAGGCAGCCCAAGGGCAGGAGAAUGUCACAUCUUUGUGUCUUCAUCGCACAAGUGCCAAAGAACAUACUUUUUUAGGUGUUUAAUAGGAAAACAUAUAUUGGGACCAAAUACGUUGUGGGUCUGGAUGGAACCCAUGAGAGGAAAGAAAUACAGAGUUUACCGUGUGCUCAGGGCAUAGCUGAUGGCCUGCAGAGCCAUUCCAGCUCAGCAUCUCCAGUGAGCUUACAGCCAGCGUGACCAAUGUGCCCCAGUCUGUGUGUAGUGGACAAACACCAUGUGGCUGAAGCAGCUCAUGCGGUGUGUCUCCAAAGGCUGCUGUGGUUUGGGACCACAGGGAGGGCGGAUGGUGACACAUGUCCUCUGAACUAAAUGAAAGGAAUAAUCCAAAUGGAUGUACCUCUGCCCUUACCCCUCUCUUGCGUGCCUUCGUUUGCAGCCUGCUUGAUAGGUACAAGCCAGGUUGAGAUGAAUUCC